AUGAAGAAAAAGGUUCUGCUCAUGGGUAAGAGUGGGUCAGGAAAAACGAGCAUGAGAUCCAUCAUAUUUGCCAACUACAUUGCAAGGGACACUCGUCGACUUGGUGCCACAAUUGAUGUUGAACAUUCUCAUGUGCGAUUUCUUGGCAACUUGGUCUUGAACUUGUGGGACUGUGGAGGACAAGAGGCUUUUAUGGAAAAUUAUUUCGCAAGUCAAAGAGAUAACAUUUUUCGCAAUGUUGAGGUCUUGAUCUAUGUAUUUGAUGUAGAAAGUAGAGAAUUGGACAAAGACAUGCACUACUAUCAGAGCUGUCUUGAAGCAAUCUUGCAGUACUCUCCAGAGGCACGAGUCUUCUGUUUGAUACACAAAAUGGAUCUCGUACAGGAGGAUCAGAGAGACAUGAUUUUCCAUGAACGAGAAACAGAUCUGAAACGUUUAUCCAAGCCACUGGAGUGCACUUGUUUCCGUACCUCGAUUUGGGAUGAAACAUUAUAUAGAGCAUGGUCUUCCAUUGUAUACAUGUUGAUUCCAAAUGUGAAGGAGCUUGAACAAAGUUUAAAUCAGUUUGCGGGAAUUAUUGAUGCUGAUGAAGUUCUUCUCUUUGAAAAGGCUACUUUUCUAGUUAUAUCUCAUUGUCAAAGGAGACCUCAUAGAGAUAUGCAUAGGUUUGAGAAGGUCUCCAACAUUAUAAAGCAGUUUAAGUUAAGUUGCAGCAAAUUGGCCGCUCAAUUUCAAAGCAUGGAGGUGCGGAAUUCCAAUUUUGCUGCUUUCAUUGAUGCUUUUACCACCAACACAUAUGUGAUGGUUAUUAUGUCUGAUCCUGCCAUACCUUCUGCUGCAACACUAAUCAACAUUCGUAAUGCGAAAAAACAUUUUGAGAAGUUGGAACGAGUGAGUCAGUCACAUGGUGUUGGAGUCAAGUGAUAAACUUGUAAAUUUUUCACACAAUUGAACUUUGACUUUCAUAUCACCAUUUGUCAGUCUACUGGAACUAAAGCCAAUUUCAAGAGUUAGUAGGCUCCGUGGUUGCUGAAAACGAAAAGUGAUCGCCCCUUCGAUAGUCUGAAGUAUGAUUCAUAUUUUAGUGUGCAUUCCAUGUAUUACAUGGCAUUGCAGUAUGCAUAUAAGGGAGUGUUGAGAUUGUAAGUAUCCAACCUGUCGGAGAUUAAUGUUGAAAAUUUUAUAAAUGUUAGAUUACAUGGAUGGAAGAUGUAAAGACCUUCAUUCCUGAGCUUCAACUUCUCUCCUCAGUUCGGAAAAUAAUUUGUAAUGAUUUAUACUAUGAUGAAAGAAAUAUAUUUUACAGCAUUUUUAUACAAUUGCAAAA